AUGUCGGAUUUGAGUUUCCUUACGAAUACACAGUCUUAUUAUGCAUUCAGACAAGCUACAUGUGGUACCCAACACUUCCCAAGGCAACUUAUCCUCAACAGUGUAAAUCGUGCCUGUUGGCAAUUAAAGUUUGGAGAACGGUAUCGCUUAACUACUUGGAGUACCUUAGGUGAUAAUUUAUUUUCAUUUCCGAUAAUUAGUGAUACUAUCACAGUAGAUUCUGAUUCUUUCAACAGACCUCAAAUUAUUGUCGAUGAUAACUGCAUUUUAACGUAUGUUGUUUACGCUGCUCCCUCAUCAGCAGAAAAGAUUUACAAAUUCCUUUGCAAUUUGGAGUCACCCGAAGCGACCGAAUCUACUUUAAGCAAAAAAAGGAAAAUGUAUUAG